UGAAAGUGAUUGAAAGUGGAAUCCAAUGAAUAUACAGCUUCUUAGUGAAAGAAAAAAAUAAAAUAAAUUAUUUACAAGAUAAGAAGAAGAGGACACAAAAGCUUAUACAUUUAGAUCUGAGCACUUUUUUGGAUUGAAGAAAAAAAAAUGAAGUUCUUGUUUCAGUGUCCUUGUUGCUCAUGCUUUUGCUUCAUGAAGCCAAAGGCUGGAAAGGCAAAGGUGAAAGAAGUGAGCAAGGAAGCUAAAGCAACUAAGGAAGUGAAAGAAGUGAAAGAAGCUAAGAAGGAAGAAAAGAUUGAAGAAAAGAAAGAGUGACAUGCAAUGUAAUGUAAUGUAACUCCAUUGCAAACUUUCUUUGGUUGUUUUAAUUUUAGUAAUUAUUUUCCUAUGUUUGGUUCUUAUAAACAAUUAUUAUGAUUAACCAUGCACAGCAAUAUGUGCAAGAUGCUUAGUGCUUCUUUGGUUGUUAAGCAUUGAUUCACAUGCUUUUUUAUUAUGAGUAUGAAAAUGCAUAUUAAUUGCCUUUGUAUAAGCAAAUGCUUAAAGUGAAAAAUAAAUUGCCAUUUCAAUAAUGAAUAUUUCUAUGAUCUGGUGAUCUAUAA